GCUAGAUCCGCUGCUGCUGCCUCGGCGGGCCGACCUGCAGGAGGCGGCGGCGGCGGCGGCCGAGGCCGAGGGAAGAUGGCGGACGGUGUGGACCACAUAGACAUUUACGCGGAUGUGGGGGAAGAGUUCAACCAGGAAGCGGAAUAUGGUGGGCAUGAUCAGAUAGAUUUGUAUGAUGAUGUCAUCUCUCCAUCUGCAAAUAAUGGCGAUGCCCCAGAAGACCGGGACUACAUGGAUACUCUUCCACCAACUGUUGGUGAUGAUGUGGGUAAAGGGGCAGCACCAAACGUUGUCUAUACUUACACUGGAAAGAGAAUCGCAUUGUAUAUUGGAAAUCUAACAUGGUGGACAACAGAUGAGGACCUAACUGAAGCAGUUCAUUCUUUGGGAGUAAAUGAUAUUUUGGAGAUAAAAUUUUUUGAAAAUCGGGCAAAUGGACAAUCAAAGGGAUUUGCCCUUGUUGGUGUUGGAUCUGAAGCAUCUUCCAAAAAGUUAAUGGAUCUUUUGCCUAAAAGAGAACUUCAUGGUCAGAAUCCUGUUGUAACUCCAUGCAAUAAACAGUUCCUGAGUCAGUUUGAAAUGCAAUCCAGGAAAACUACACAAUCAGGACAAAUGUCUGGGGAAGGUAAAGCUGGUCCUCCAGGAGGCGGUUCACGCGCAGCAUUUCCACAAGGUGGUAGAGGACGGGGCCGUUUUCCAGGGGCUGUUCCUGGUGGGGACAGAUUUCCUGGGCCAGCAGGACCAGGAGGGCCACCUCCACCUUUCCCAGGAAAUUUGAUCAAGCAUCUUGUUAAAGGAACUCGGCCUUUGUUCCUGGAAACUAGGAUUCCAUGGCAUAUGGGGCACAGCAUAGAGGAAAUACCCAUUUUUGGCCUAAAAGCUGGACAGACUCCACCACGUCCACCUCUAGGUCCACCUGGCCCACCUGGCCCCCCAGGUCCUCCACCUCCCGGUCAGGUUCUGCCACCUCCUCUAGCAGGACCUCCUAAUCGAGGAGACCGCCCUCCACCACCAGUUCUUUUUCCUGGACAACCUUUUGGGCAGCCUCCGCUGGGUCCACUUCCUCCUGGGCCUCCACCUCCAGUUCCAGGCUACGGCCCCCCUCCAGGUCCACCGCCUCCACAGCAGGGACCACCUCCACCUCCAGGCCCCUUUCCACCUCGACCACCAGGUCCACUAGGGCCUCCCCUUACACUUGCUCCUCCUCCACAUCUUCCGGGACCACCUCCAGGUGCCCCACCACCAGCUCCACAUGUGAAUCCUGCUUUUUUCCCUCCACCAACUAAUAGUGGCAUGCCAACAUCAGAUAGUCGAGGUCCACCGCCAACAGACCCAUAUGGCCGACCUCCACCAUAUGAUAGGGGUGACUAUGGUCCCCCUGGGAGGGAAAUGGAUACUGCAAGAACACCUCUGAGUGAAGCUGAGUUUGAAGAAAUCAUGAAUAGAAAUCGGGCAAUCUCUAGCAGUGCUAUUUCAAGAGCUGUAUCUGAUGCUAGUGCUGGUGAUUAUGGGAGUGCUAUUGAAACAUUGGUAACAGCAAUUUCUCUAAUUAAACAAUCCAAAGUAUCUGCCGACGAUCGCUGCAAAGUUCUUAUUAGCUCUUUGCAAGACUGCCUUCAUGGAAUUGAGUCCAAGUCCUAUGGGUCUGAUCAAGAAGACGUGAACGAUCAAGAGAAAGGGACCAUAGUAGAUCACGGGAAAAGAGUCGACGUCAUAAAUCUCGGAGUAGAGAUCGCCAUGAUGAUUAUUACAGAGAGAGAAGCAGAGAGCGAGAGAGACACCGGGAUCGCGAUCGGGAUCGUGACCGGGAGCGCGACCGAGAGCGAGAAUACCGUCAUCGUUAGAAGUAAAUAUACCUACAUUUUAAGUGGUCCAAGUACUUGUUCUGAUUUAAUCUUCUGGAAACAUCUGAAAACAGCUGAAGGAAGAGGAACACCUUCCAAGACAAAGCAGUCUUCACGGGGAAAGUGACGCUUGUCCAGCAGUUUGCUUCUUGAUUGAACUGAACCUGUAAGGAUUCAUGGAUAAACUGAACAGGAAUAGAUCUGAAUAAAGCAAAUCUGCAUAAAUGGUAACCAGUAGCUCUACUUUUAUUUUUUAUGUUGCUUAACUGUUUUAUUUGAAGGAAACUGUGUGAUUUAAAAAGUUAAUAGCUUUUGCAACUUUAUUACUGGUUAUAUAUUUGGCCAUUAUAAUGUGCAAGCAAUUGGAAAAAGUCAAGUAAAUGCUUGUUUUUAUAGUAGUUUGUUCUUGUUAAAAUGUUCAUAUGAUAAUGUCUGUAAACAGCACCAAUUUGAUUACAAUAGAUGUAGUGUUGUAAUAAACUGUUUAAUGGGGCUGAUGUGUAAAGCUGUUCAAGUUAUUUGAUGUUUACACCUCAGGGAAAGUCUUGUGUUCAGCAAUAUCUAAAGAUAAUGUUACUAUGACAACAUUUUUACUGUCCUUUAAAAAAGCAUUGCAAUAGCGUGUUUGGAUAUGCAUCAAUCUAAUCUUGCGUUCAGUGAAUUAAACAUGACUAAUUAAGUGUCUAUUGCCCUUGAUUUUGAUAUUAGAAUAGGUGAUUACAUGGGUAUUUAAUAUUUCUAUAUUCUGCUUUUCUAGCUGUUUUUACCUAGUUAGCUUGUGAUUUUGCUGAAUGGUAUGUAAACGUGUAAAAACUGAAAUCUGACAGAGCAAUCCAGUCAAUGUGUUAGGGGGUCAAAAAAUUGAAGGUUGUAACAUUUUUGGUAAAAAUUCAUGUAUUUGCUACAGUAGUGCAGCUUAAUUACAACCCAGAUAUACUGAAAUGAAAAUUGUGAACUGCUAGCUUUUAAGAUAGAUUUUGAUAAUUCUGAUUUCAUGCAGUAAUUUACUGUUUCAUGCUGAUGGUGCCAUAGGCAGUGUAAUUAUGGCCACACAGCAAGAUAAAUGAGUAAAGAAAGCCCUAGUAUUGUACUUGAUAAAAAUUUUUGAGGGGUAUGAUGUUUAUUAACAUUGGGUUGUAUUCUUCAGUGUGAAUAAUGAAAAAUUAUAGUUACACUGUCUUCAUGGUUCGAGGAAUUCUGUGUAUAUUCCUGUAACUUUGUUGAUCUAUGCUUGAUUAGAGUUAGUUAUCAGUUGUUUUUUUUUUUUAAUCCAGCCUUAAUAAAAGGUUGUAUUAAACACACCUGGCUAGCAUGUGUUCUGCAAAAUUAGCAGAAACAAACUGUUAAUUUGAUUGCCUAUUUUUAUAGGAAGAUAAAAAUCUGAAUUACUAAAGAAUUUUUAGAUAAAGCCCUUAAGCUAAUUUGUGUUAAAUAUGUUUUAAAAGAUCUUAAAGUUUACCUAAAUUUAAGAGCAGUGCCUAAGGCAUGUACCAUAGGUCGAGAGUGUGCAGCUUGAGAGAUUUGUACUUUUCUUCUUCAGUUUCAUCUUUUCUGCUUUUAAAAUACUCAAAAAUAUCCAUACCACUGUCAGUUCAUUUUAAAACAUUUUGUGAGCAGAGUAUUUUUUGCAAGGGAUCAUUGGUGUUUACCCAAACUGUUGUUAGCUCUCAGAAAUGAUUUUUCUUAAGUUUUAAUCUUGUUGAAAUGCAAUUACCUUUUAAUUUGAGAGUUGUAUCAAAAUCUAUUUUGUUUUGUAUAUAGGUAUUGUAAGUUUUUGUCAUUUCUUAGCUUUUUUAACAGUUUAAUUACAAUAUCCUAAUGUGAAGCCGUGUGGACAUACAUGUGUUUACAAGGGAGAUUAAGAUUAGUUGAUAGUGAGAUUAAAAGGUAAGUACAAUGCCCAUAGAUAGAACUUCUCUGAACAUUUUUAAAAUGGAAUCAAAAAUACAUAUACUUGAAAUGAAACUGGAGAUUUUGUACUAAUUUUAAUCCUUUAUUACCUUUUAUUUUUCUUUUUUAAAAAUGAGUUGGAACUCUUGUUGCUCUCUGUAUGUCACCCUCUUGCCCGGCUUAUUCCAUUACCUGACUUUGGACACAGACAGAGUGGACUAGCAUUGUUUGCUGCUGCUAGUCCAUUAUUUUAAGUGUUGUCAGGAAGAAAUAAAAUAACUUUGGUUUGUCUAGUUUUACAGUGUCUCCUCCCUGAUAACACAUGAAUGUCAGCAGUAAAAGUAAACAUUGCAAACCUUGUUUUAUUUGUCAAAGCCUUCUGUUGUUGAGGAGUCAGUUUCAUUUGAAAACUGGUUUUUAAUGUGUAAAAACAAUCCAAAGAGAUAAAAUUUUACAAAGACACCAAAAAAAAAAAAAAAAAAAAAAAAGAGAGAGAGAGAGAAAUAAGAGACAGGCAGGCAGGCAGGCAGGCAGGCAGACAAAUGAACUAAAGAGUAGAAAAAGUCAGAAGAAAAAAGGAGCUAGGGAGAAUUUUCAAGAAAUUGUGGUUCAUAUAGUGGCAGUGAAAGCAAGCUUGAGUUUGUCUUGAAUCCUAGCAUUGCCUAGUGCUGUGCAGUCACAUUCCUUGCAACUAGUAGUUAAAAUUCCAGAUGCUUGGUAAAGCGCCCACAUGGUAUUUCUCCUGGAGCAGCACUUUGAAUUCAAUAUACUGCUUUGAGGUAAAGGAAAUACAUUUGUAGAAAGGAUUCUUUCAGUGUACAUUUACAUGUGUGUAUGUUUUGUCAGCUUUCAUCAGCAAGAUGAGCAAGAUUUUAGUGACUUGCCAUAGCUAUUGAUCAUACAUGUUAGGCCAUUUAAUGUCUCCUUAACCUAUAAUCUUAAGCAGUUAACUACAAUUUGGAAUUUACAAAUAGCAUGUAGCUUAAGGUAUUAUUUUGAUUUGAUUCUCCUAUGGAGACUGUUGCUUUAGUUUUUACUAGUUUAAAGUCAGUUCUAAAAAUAAACAUGGAAGUUUUCAUGAACGUUGUAUAAUAUUUUAUAGUAAAGGGGGGAGAUUGUUGAAAAGGGUAAGACUUUCUCUUUCCCUGUGUUGAAAUGUGCCAAUAGCCUAAGUACAUUCUGUUUCAUACAAUGAGAUGCUACUGCAGAACUCCGAUUGGAGUGCUCUUAACGUUUUAGUUUUGCUACCCAAAUGGUCAUUGCAUUGUUUGUAUCUUGCAAGGUGGCCCCAAUAUUGUGUUUUAAGCUUCAGCUUAAGUUAUUUUAAGAGGAAGUUUAUGUUCUGAUUCUUUACUGAGAAUACAGUGUUGAGAUUCUUGCUAUUGCACAGAUAAACUGAUUUUUAAAUUUUAUUCAUGAACUUCAUUUGCAUCCCAUGGCCCUCUGUAAAUGUUUCCCCUGGUUGUGUGUUCUUACUAAAUGCACGCUUUUUCAUUGUACAUACUAGACAUUUUUUUGUGCUAAAAUAUAUUAAGUAGGGUUUUUGUAGCAAAGCAUUCUAUUUUUAUGUUCUUAUAGUGUAUGUGUUAACAUUAAUAUUCAGUUUAAACACUGGUGUAUUUAUUUUUAGCAACUUGACUCCUAGAAGCCUUAGACUAAUUUUUAAAUAAACAUUCAACCAAAAAUUAUGAAUUUCUUGAGAUGUGGCCUUAUAUGUGGUGUUUUCUGUGUUCAUAUCGUGAGAUUUUUUUUUUAAAUUUAGAUUUUAUUUAAAUCAAGAUUUAGAAUUAGUUUCAUUUUAAGUCAAAACAGAAAGUGUACUAUGCGUCUAGGCUUCUGGGAGGAAGUUCUUACACUCUUCUUUCUUAGCAUUAGAAAGAAGCAAUAUGAAUUUAUGAAUAUUCUAAAUAUUCAGGCCAUUGUAUUAUGUUCAGAUUGCUUUAGGUUGGUUUUAGCCCAAUGUUUCUUUAAAGUUCCAGGUAGUUGGCAUUCACUGAAUAUAUAGCUACUAUGGUUUUCAUAUGGGGCAUAUGAACUCUUGGUUACAUGUAGGCAGAUUUUAAAGACUUCCUGCUACAUUAAUUAUGUUGUAACGGGAGACAUCUAAAAUAUUAGGUAGCAUUGAAUUGAAGUCACACAGGUCUUGAAUGGUAUUCGUGGAUAGUAAAUACUACGAGCAGUUUCCAUAUCAAAGUACCCUAAAACUCCACCAUGGGAGUAAAUCACAUUCACUUCAUGAUUGGAUAUACCCUUCAUUUUAGUAAAAGUACUUCAUUUUGAAAGUUUACACUUUACUGUGUAACACUUCUCAGCAUUUCUGUGUGCAAAUUAUUUUAAAAUUCAGUGAUAAUUCAUGGGGUUUUUUUUGGUUUUUUUUUUUCAUUUUUUUACUUUGGAAAUUGUAGUACUCAGGUGGUAUUUAAUGAGAAAUGAUCAUUUGAGGUGAAUCAUAAUGCAUUUUGAGGACUGCAACUAUAACAUUUAUGACUUUAGCCUUAAGAAAAGGUCUAUUAUUCCUUCCUUGCAUCCCAUGGUAUAUUAGCAAAGUAGUUUACAGCCCAGCACAGCCUUACAAAGUUGUUUUACAAAUUUUUAUGGAAAACCCUUAACAAUUAAAAAAAUUGUAUCAUAUUACAGUACCUAUGGGUUAUGGUCCCCCUCUGUAAAUAAGUUGUCUAAUACCAGAAGGCCAAAGAAAGUCUUGAUUUAGCUAUUGAAUGUGGUGACUUCAUAAGAUUUCUGUGCAAAAGGUAAGGUGAUAUUCCAUUCAAUAGGCAUUCUUUUGAUGUCCAUGAAAACUAGACUUCCAUAUUAGCUUCUUUCAAAAGGCUCAUUCCCAUUUUAUUAAAAUGUUUGUACUUGCAAAUUUGUGUUUAAUGUUUACUUUGUCUUUUCUUUCUUUAGCAUUUAGGUGACUGUUCAGCAGUUUUCUAUAUGGCCAUUGUUGGCCUUAAACUGCGCUAGUAACAAGCAUGGUAUUUAUCUUGUAUGGAAAAUAAAAAAGUUUUCGUAAGA